CACCCACCCUGGGCAUGAAAUCGCCCCUCCCGGCUGCUGAGGAUGGGACUGGGGUGGGGGGACACAUCCCCCCGCCAGUCCCCUCCCACCCUCGGGCACAUAAACCCGGGGCUGCGCCGCUCCCGCCCGGCUCCAGCAGCCACCAUGGGCCACCUGCAGCUCUGGCUGCUCGCCCUGGCCGGGCUGGCGGGGAUCGUGGCGCAGGAAGACCUGUACCGAAAGGUGUUCGUGUUCCGGAAGGAUCCCAGCGACGCCUACGUGGUGCUGCGGGCGCGGCUGGAGCAGCCCUUGCACAACUUCACCGUGUGCCUGCGCUCCUACACCGACCUCAGCCGCCCCCACAGCCUCUUCUCGUACGCCACCAAAGCCCAGGACAACGAGAUCCUGCUCUUCAAGCCCAAACCCGAGGAAUACCGGUUUUACGUGGGGGGCAAGUUUGUCACCUUCCGUGUCCCCGAGAGCCGCAGGGACUGGGAGCACGUCUGCGCCAGCUGGGAAUCCGCCACCGGCAUCGCCGAGUUUUGGCUCAACGGGAAACCCUGGCCGAGGAAGGGGCUGCAGAGGGGCUACGCGGUGGGGGCCACGGCCUCCAUCCUGCUGGGGCAGGAGCAGGACGGUUUUGGGGGCGGCUUUGACCUCUACAACUCCUUCUCGGGGGAGCUGAGCGAUGUCUACCUGUGGGACGCGGGGCUGUCGCCGGAGAAGAUGCGCGCGGCUUUCCUGUCCCUGCGCCUGCCGCCCGCUCUGCUGGCCUGGAAGAGCCUCAGCUACGAGGUGAAGGGAGACGUGGUGGUGAAACCCCGGCUGCGGGAGGCGCUGGGGGCCUGA